UCUCCCGGACACAAUACCGAUGAGUGUCUCGGUCUUUUGUCGGCACUCUUGCGCUUAAUCGGACAACCUCAACUUCAAAAGUUUCGAAAUUUUGACAACCGCCAGAAAGGAAGGCCCUUGGAUAUUUCAGACGAUGAAGAUGAAGAUAACCGACCCGCUAACCAGAAAAGAGCUCGUGCAAAUGAUAAAGAGGUCUUCACGUUUUCUACUCAUAUCGGAACCUCGACUGAUAACUGUAGGAAAUCCCGGACACAUGAUGCCUUAGGUUCUUCACAUUGCAUACCUCGGGUCAAUUCCAAUAAUAAGCAAUUAGAUACUUCAAGACGGAAAGUCAAAGCCUAUGCCUGGGAGGCGCAAAAUGCCGAGAAACGAGUCAUGAAUGUUGAUCUUCGAGAUACUAUCAAUAACCGGAAUUGCCCUAUUACGUUCAGUAUCGAGGAUGCCAAUUUAUUUGCUCAUCCUUAUUCCGACGCUCUUAUUAUAACAACCCCGAUUGGAGGGAUUCCUGUCCAUCGGAUUUUGGUUGACACGGGGGCUUAUUCAAGUAUUCUGAUGCUCCGCACUUUCAAGAAAUUGGGCUUGGAUCCAGCAGACAUUAGGCCUUGCAACAACCAAAUUCAAGGUUUUAAUGGAAGUAUUUCUUGUCCUGUUGGCGAAAUAUUGCUCCCUAUUCGGUUUGGUGGCUUUGGACCGAAGUCCAAGAUCAUUAUGGAAACUUUCAAAGUUCUAGAUGUCCAGAAUGAAUAUAAUGCUGUAAUAGGGCGAACUGCACUUUAUAAACUCCGUGCUGUUGUGUCAAUUUUUCAUUAUGCCCUGAAGUUCCCCACCAUUGAAGGAGAAGGCACUCAUUACGGAGAUCAACGAGAAGCCCGAAGUCUGAUGUUGCUCUCAACCUCGCGUAGCUUUCAUAUGAUUGAAGAGCAGGAUGUUGAUAACUCUGUUGAGCCAAAUAAUUCAACUUCUGAUGCUAAAAGAACUGAUCAGUCCAUCCCGGAUACCGACAUGCCUCAAGCAGAUACCGACAUGCCGCUUAUUAGUACCGACAUCCCUAUGACGUCGGUUUCGCCUGGAACAUUAACUGAAGUCCUUGAUCAAGAACAACCUUUGCAUGAGGGAGACACAGCAAUGCAUGAAGAUAUGGAUCCACGAAUGCAGUUUAAAGAUGGGAAUCGUCAUGUCCGUGCAGAGCCAGUUGAAGAUGUCGAAACCAUUUACGUGGAUGGAUCGACUCAGCAAAAACUGCUGCGCAUCGGGACUAAUCUUCAAGAACCCAUUCGAUCAAAUCUAAUUCAAUUCCUACAGUUGAACUCCGAUGUGUUCGCCUGGAAGCAUGAAGAUAUGAAAGGGAUUGACCCACAAAAAGCAUGCCAUCGCUUGAAUUUGGAUAAAACUGUCAAGCCUGUCAUCCAGAAACGCCGGAAAUUUGGCUCGGAUCGCCAGAAGGCCCUUGAAGAGGAAGUAAAUAAGCUCAUAGACAAUAAAUUUGUCAAAGAAGCCAAGUACCCGACGUGGAUAUCAAAUCCUGUCUUGGUCAAGAAAGCCACCGGCCUUUGGCGUCUGUGCAUAGAUUUUUCAGACUUGAAUCAAGCAUGCCUGAAGGACAGCUACCCCAUUCCACACAUUGAUUACAUGGUAGAUGCUACAUCGGGACAUCAACUUAUGAGUUUCUUGGAUGCCUAUUCAAGCUAUAAUCAAAUUCCUAUGCACCCUGAUGACGUUGAACAUACCUCGUUCUACUCAGCUCGAGGCCUUUAUUGUUAUGUCAUGAUGACUUUCGGACUGAAGAAUGCAGGGGCCACGUAUCAGAGGUUAGUCAAUAAGAUGUUUGCUCACUUGAUCGGCCAUACGAUGGAAGUUUAUGUAGAUGACAUGUUAGUGAAGUCGGAACAGGCCUCUGAUCACAUCACCCACCUUUCCGAAGUCUUCGAUAUAAUCCGAGAAUAUUCUAUGGUGCUUAACCCCAAGAAGUGUACUUUCGGAGUUGGAUCAGGGAAGUUUUUAGGAUACAUGGUGAGUAAGAGAGGGAUCGAAGCCAAUCCCGCCAAGAUUCAAGCCAUACUUGACCUAGCUCCCCCGACAUCUAUCAAAGGUGUCCAAGCUUUAACUGGUCGACUGGCAGCUCUCAAUCGGUUCAUUUCAAAGUCUACGGAUCAUUGCAAGCCAUUCUUUGACGCUAUCAAAAAGAAGAAACCGUUCGAAUGGACCACGGAAUGCCAGAAUGCUUUUGACAACAUUAAAGAAGUUCUUUUACGGUUACCGACAUUGCAGAAGCCACUUCCUGAUGAGCCUCUGUAUUUGUACCUUGGUGUAAGUGACGUUGCUGUUA